AUUUCAAUAUAGGUUAAAAUGGUUAAAAUCACAAAUCGCUUCUGUUAGUUCUGUAAUCUGUUUUCUCUUCUUGGUUCUUCCGUCAAGCAACAGAGUUUUCUUAAGUAUCGUGGCGUAAUCGGCAGCACAAUCGUAAUAUUAAGGUCUUAUUGAUUUGCACUGUUACUUCUAGAAAUCCUUCCAAAUUUGUCAACAAAUCAACAUGUCGAAAGUUAGAAUUCAACGAGAAUACAAGAAACUAGCUGAAACACCUCCGCCUGGCAUAACUUGCGUGACAAAAGAUGACAACUUCAAAGUUCUAGAAAUCUCCAUCAUCGGAGCUGCUGGAUCGCCGUAUGAGAAUGGAGUGUUUCAUGUCGAAUUGCAUCUUUCAGAUAAAUAUCCCUUUGAACCUCCUCGGAUGAAUUUUGUAACACCAAUCUAUCAUCCAAACGUAGAUACCGCUGGUCGUAUCUGUUUGGACCUGCUCAAGAUGCCACCAAAAGGCAGUUGGAAGCCAACCAUAACCCUCGAAGGACUUCUAAUCGCUUUGCAGAGUUUGAUGACCAAUCCAAACCCUGAGGACCCUCUAAUGGUCAACAUCGCGGAAGAGUACAAAUAUAACCUGCCAGAAUUCAAUAAGAAGGCGAUGGAAUGGACGAGAUUGCAUGCAUCUUCAAAUUCAUCCACAUCAAACAUUGUGGAGGUGAAGGAGAAUCACAAUUUCCUAAACGCUGCAAAUGUUUAAUCACUUGGUUCAAUGCAAUAAUUUGUGUUAAACGUUCGCAAGAUCGUCUGAGCAAUGUAUCUUUGCGAUAGGACUUUUUUCAUGCGAACCAACUAGGUGUCAUCACCGUCUUGUUCCUCUAUCUUAUUUUGUAAACUAAUUUUUCCUUUCACGUUUUACCAAAAGACACAGAUUUCAUAUUUUCAAACCAUAAAUCCUAAUCCUGAUAAAUAGAAAGAAAACUACAUGGUCUGUCCGUGUUUUGAUAUACUGCUGCAGAAAUAAUGCUGUUUUGUGAACAGAUGUUUUCCAAUUUUUACCCACAUCAGCAAAUGAGCAAUCCCUGUGGGGGCCUUUCUUACAUUAAUUGAAUCAGUGUGCAUUAGAAGAAUUCUUCACAUUGUACCCUCUUGUUUUAUAAAAUUUUUAAGAACUUAGUCUCUCAAAAAUGUUUUAAGGACCCUCCACACAAGUGGGAGUUCACUGGCUUAUGGCAAACUUUGAUGAAAUUUUAUUAAGUUCUUUUGAACUUUGUCAACAGACCAAAUCCCAACCCAAAUAUUAGGCGAUUUCGGUGGAUAGGGGCCAAGAUAUUUGCAGUUGAACAAUCUCAAACGCAGUUAGGUGUUUGUGAGCUUGACUGGUAUAAGCACCGUACUCUUUUCUUCCCUUGUAUCUGUUGAAUUGAUUCUACUUGAGAUUUGACGAGCGGUGCUGCGAGAAGCUCGUCUGUUUCCUCACUUGUAAAUGAAAAGCACCACAAUACAAUGGAUGUUACUCUCAAUCCUCAUCUUUCCUGCCAUACUUCCUGGUUCAGCCUUCCCUCUCUCUUUUUAAUAGGCACAUUCUGUCACCCAUAUCUUAGCUCCUACCUGACCAAAUCCCCUAAUUUUUUUUACUAGUGAUGAACUUCAUCAUAACUUCUUAAAUUCCCCUCAAAAUAAACAGAGAGCCAGUAAGCCCUUACUAAUGUGCAGUGCUCUUCUCCUCUGAAAAUAAACUGAUAAUUAAGUUUUUCAAAUAUGUUCCAGUCUAUUCCUAAUUUGUCUUAUGGCAUAGUUCGAUACACAAUACUCAGGUCAUGUUUUGCAAAGAAAUUUGUAUAAAUUUAACUCUUGUAUGUAUUACACUUAAAAAAUUGUUUUUUUCAAGUAUUUACCUCAGUUAGUUUCGUUCAGACUGAAGGUAUAAUGGUCUAAUCUGUAUUUCUUUUCUUUUAUGUUCAUGUAUAUGAUACCUUAGUUGUUUGUUUUUUUUUUAAAUAAGUAAUAAAAAAUUCGCUUCGGAUAAAACCA